AUGAUUGGAAUUCAACAGCUGAAUUUGGAAAAUCGGGAGAGAUGCCGCGCUAUUGUAAACGGGCCUCAAACAAAAGACUCUAUCACUGUGGCAGUAGAGGGAAACAUAGGGAGUGGCAAGUCUACAUUCCUGCAGUACUUUAAAAAGUUCCCAGAAGUUGAGGUUAUACCGGAACCAGUCAGUAAAUGGAAGGAUGUGGAUGGUUAUAACACUCUAGAUCUGAUGUACAAGGAUGCCUCUCGUUGGAGCCUUGCCUUCCAGUCUUAUGUACAACUUACCAUGGCAGAGGGCCAUAGACAGAACAAGAAUAAAAGUGUGAAAAUGAUGGAAAGAUCACUAUUCAGCGCCAGAAACUGCUUUGUAGAAAAUCUAUACAGAGGUGGUCUGAUGCCUGAAGUCGACUACGCCAUCCUGUCAGAGUUCUAUGGAUGGAUUACAAAAAACGAGGACACCAAUGUUGAUCUGAUUGUAUACUUGCGUGCAGAUCCUGAGGUGUGUCAACGCAGGAUCCAGUUACGAAACAGGGAAGAGGAGAAAGGCGUCCCAAUUGAGUACCUAAAGUCACUUCAUGCCCUACAUGAAGACUGGCUUAUAGACCAGAACAAAUUCAAACUUCCUGCCCCUCUCCUGGUAAUUGAUGCCAACCAUGAUAUAAACGACUUGUAUAUGAAAUUUGACGAAGCCAAAGAAGAGAUAUUUGCUAAAUUGUCAUGA